AUGUAUUUAAAUUCAACAAAAGUUGUCGAUCAAAAUAUAUCGACUGAAAAAUCACCGAGUGGUGAACAAUCAACAGAAACUCUAAGACAAGAUACAGCAGGUACUGUUGAAGAAUUAUCAACUCAAAAUCAAACAGGAGAAACUGCAGGUCAAAUAGGUAGUGGAACAGGCAUAGCUGGACAAAUACUACCAACAGCAACUGCUGAAAGUAUGACACAUUGUCGAACGACGUUACCGUUAGUACAAGAUUCUGGCUUCAACACUGAAUUGUGUUUCAAUAUCUUUGUCGUGUCGUGUGUUGUAUCUGGUGUUUGUCUUACUUUUGUUGUUGGUAUUGAGGCCUAA